AUGCCGUUCACCAUGAAGAUUCAGCCAAUUGAUUCGCCCGUUCCUGCGGAGGCGAUUAGGCUUGAGCCGGUGAAGACGGUGGUGAAGUCGCGGCUGAAGCGGCUCUUCGAGCGCCAGUUCUCUGGUGUCCUCCGUAAUUCCACAGUGGGCCAGGAGCCGCCGCAUCCUGGCAAAGACGGCCCCGCUGAUAUCGAACCGAGCUCGGCCUGUCUGGCAAAGAUGGUGCAGAGUUUCAUGGAGGAGAAUCAGGAGAAGCACUCCGCUUCAGUGAAAUUUGCACGUAACCGCUACACCAGCUUUGAGGAUAGCUCGGACGCCGAAACACAAGCUUUCGGCAGUUUCGGCGACUCCAAUUAUUCUUCCUCCGGUGAAACACUCGAAAUCCUCAAGGGUUUGGUGGCAUGUGCGAAUUUAUAUGAGAGAAAUUUGCUAGCAGACACUACAAAGAUCAUUGAGAAGAACAAGGCAACUUGCAAACGCAAGGAUGAUUGUUGCAGAAAGAUCGUUACCGAAGGAUUGUUAGCUCUCGGAUACGACGCUUCCGUAUGCAAAUCUCGCUGGGAAAAAUCAACCUUCUGCCCGGCUGGGGAAUAUGAAUACAUUGACGUGAUUAUGGAAAAGGAGCGGAUGGUUGUUGACGUUGACUUCAGAUCAGAAUUUGAGAUUGCUCGCCCCACCAAAACAUACAAAACCAUCCUCCAAACACUUCCUUAUGUCUUUGUCGGCACGUGCGACCGGUUGCAGAGUAUCGUGGCCAUAGCUUCGGAGGCUGCGAAACUGAGUCUGAAGAAAAGGUGCAUGCAUGUUCCGCCGUGGAGGAAAGUGGAAUACGUCAGAGCCAAAUGGAUCUCCCCCUACACGUGCUCGCGUGAAGUCAAGGAGGAGACAGAAGAAAAAAAGCACCUCGUGACAGAAUUGGUGUUAACCGCUGCUGGGUGCGAAACUUCCCGUGAAGAUGAUGAAAAGUCAAAGUCAAAGUUGGUGGUUCAAAAGCCACCGGAGAUGAAACCCAAGAAUUCGCAGUCCGGUUUGGCAGCUGUCUUCCAUGAAAACCCCUGA